AGUGCAGAAGGUGACGCUCCUCCGAAGGAACAGAGCGAAGCAACAGAGGGAUCCAAGCAAGGCAAAGAGAGAGAAGGGAGAGCGCGCUCGUCCGCAGGCUGCGUCUCCACUGAAACAUUUUGGAAGCGGGAGGAGACUAGAGGAAGCGGAUGAAUGGUAGCAACACCCUGCGCCGGGAAGCGUAAAGAAGAGACACUAUUACAAAGGCUGCCACUUUUUUUUUGGGCAAUAACAAAAGAGGUGGGAGACAGAGAACCGUCAGGGAAUAGCAAGAAUAUUUUUAUUACAAAAAGAGGGGGGACUUCUUGCUUCAUCUCAUCAUUUUGCUUUUGCCAUUAUCUCCAGCAGCAGCAGCAGCAGCAGCAGCAGCAUGACCAUAAGUAGCAUUCGCCAAUAACGAGAUUUCCAGCGCGCUCGUCUGUUUUUCCAUUUCCAUCAUAUUUAUUCCGAGGGGAAAACACAGCAACAACUGAAUGCCUCAAAGUGGAUUACUCUGAAAUCUAAAAAAAAAAAAAAGCGAGCUCAUAAAGAAAACUACAUUUUUGUGAUUGAGCUCUAUGUGCGUGUUUCUACGCACACUCGAAACGCACCAAACUCCUCAGACUCCUCCCUCCUCCCUCCGUUUUCUCGCAUCCUCUCUCCCUCCCCUUUCGGUCCUCUAUGCUCAGUUCGGUGUGUGUAUCCUCUUUCAAAGGGCGCAAGGGUGGGAACAAGUCGUCCAACAAAGCAUGUUACAGCGCAGACAUGACUUGUCCGUCGGAAAGCGAGAAAAUUGUCAUAAACUGCGGCGGGGUUCGCCAUGAGACUUACCGGAGCACCCUAAAGACGUUGCCCGGGACACGCUUGUCGUGGCUCACAGAACCGGACGCAUUCAGCAACUUCGACUACGACCCUAAAUUGGACGAGUUUUUCUUUGACCGUCAUCCGUCUGUCUUCUCGUUCAUCCUCAACUAUUACCGCACUGGAAAGUUGCACUGUCCCAACGAUGUGUGCGGUCCGCUGUUCGAGGAGGAGCUCGCCUUUUGGGGUAUCGACGAGACGGACGUGGAGGCGUGUUGCUGGAUGAACUACCGCCAACACCGGGACGCGGAGGAGGCAUUGGACAGCUUUGAGACACCAGAACCGGACGCGCCGGAUGACGACCCUGCGCUUGGAGGCGCAGAUGGAGACUUGAAAAGACUCUGUAUGCAGGAGGACGCCAGAAAAGCAGGAUGGUGGAAGACCUGGCAACCUAAAAUAUGGGCACUUUUUGAAGACCCUUACUCCUCCAAGUAUGCCCGGUAUGUGGCGUUUGGCUCCCUAUUCUUCAUUCUCAUUUCGAUCUCCACUUUUUGCAUGGAGACGCAUGAGGCCUUCAACGUCAUUGUCAACAAGACUGAGAACGUCACAGUGGGAAACAUCACCCGAGAAGAGAUUGUAUACGAGGUGGUGACUGACAGUUGGUUGACGUAUGUAGAGGGGGUCUGCGUGAUCUGGUUCACUAUUGAAGUGCUGCUACGAGUCACUUUCUGCCCAGACAAAUUGGAAUUUUUCAAAAGCACCCUAAACAUUAUUGACUUUGUUGCUAUACUUCCGUUCUAUUUGGAGGUAGGCCUGAGUGGUCUGUCUUCUAAAGCUGCCAAGGAUGUCCUAGGAUUCCUGCGUGUUGUCCGGUUUGUCCGUAUCCUCCGAAUCUUCAAGCUUACUCGCCAUUUUGUAGGUCUGCGUGUCCUUGGCCACACCCUUCGAGCCAGCACCAAUGAAUUCCUUCUGCUAAUUAUUUUCUUAGCACUUGGUGUCCUCAUUUUUGCCACUAUGAUCUACUAUGCCGAAAGAAUUGGUGCCGACCCAGAAGACCCGACUGCCAGUGCCCACACUAACUUCAAGAAUAUUCCCAUUGGAUUCUGGUGGGCCGUUGUGACCAUGACCACACUGGGCUAUGGAGAUAUGUACCCAGAGACGUGGUCGGGAAUGCUGGUGGGCGCACUUUGUGCCUUGGCUGGUGUGCUGACCAUUGCUAUGCCCGUACCUGUUAUUGUAAACAACUUUGGCAUGUACUACUCUCUGGCAAUGGCCAAACAAAAGCUGCCCAAAAAGAAGAACAAACAUAUCCCUCGAGCUCCACAACCAGGGUCCCCCAACUACUGCAAGCCUGAUGCGUUGGCAAUGGCUACUGCAUCACCACAAAGACUUCUGGGAAAUGUUCUUGGUGGGGUAAUGGGGUCUGGGGGCAUAGGUGGUGAUUGUCCUCUCGCCCAAGAAGAAAUUAUAGAAAUAAAUAGAGAUUCAAAGCAGAAUGGUGAUGCAGCCUCAGCUGCUUUGGCAAAUGAGGACUGCCCCACCAUCGACCAAGUGCUGAGUCCAGACGAAAGGAGUCCCAUUGGGCGAGGGCCUACACGGGAACGCUACCAGCAGGACCGCGCCUGCUUCCUGCUCAACACCAGGGAAUUCCGUGCCACAGAUGGGAAUGUGCGGAAAGUGUUAAGUUUCUAGCAUUCGCCUUUUCUCUUACGAGGAGUCAGUAACCAGUAAACACACAUUUGCAUCUGGAGCCCUGUAAGCAACACAAGUGACAUGGAUGGAUCUCUGGGGUGACGAGAGAGAGAUCAGAAGUCAAUGGUGAAUUUAAAAUGGUCUGCUCCUCACAUUGUUACCAAAGCAGCCUCUUGGAACUCCGACCACACUUGGACUACAGUCCACUUAACUUUUAUUUUUCCUGCAAAAUGACUGAGCAUUGCACUGACCGACUUUGGGAGACAGAGACUCGUGUUUACACAUUCCAGACGACAAGGCCGACAACAUCAUAUCCACCGUCUUGUAUAAUGAUCAACUCAGAACCAUCACCUGAGCAACACAACUACAACUACUUCACGAAGGACUGACUGUAAAAUGUAGCAUCUCUGCUAACAUACUGUAGCAUUUGUAGGCUGGGACCUAACUUGACUAAACUCAUUAUUAGUUUGAGGAGAGAAAAAAUUAUGCAUUCAAGAGAUCUUUUCGAUGUCAUUUAACUCUUACGUUCCUUUCCAAUGAAAAGAAACGAAAGGUACAUGAGAGACAAAGUAUUGGUCUAAUAAAAUUAUACAUUCCAAAAAUAAAAACAAAAAAAAUACAAAAAAAAUGUAGAUGCACUAAAUUUAAAGGUAUGUGAUCCUUUAGAGCCCCUAAGCACUAAGGUAUGCUGUAAUUUCUGCCAUUAAUCAUGUCUUCCAUUCACCUUUAUCAGUAUAACACUGCCCUGCACCAUUACCAAAUCAAAAGAAGCACUAGUGGUCCGGCUAAACCAAUCAAGCACAUGUAGCAUUGGCUCAAACUGCUCAUUUAGUCUUCACCAAGUGGAAUUGGUACUAGGCCUAUAAAGGACUUCUUUAUCUCUCAUGUACUAAGUUUUUCUGAAAUCCACUUGGACUUUCUUAGUCCUGUGGCAUGCACUUGCUGAAUGACCUGUAAUGUAUAAUAGACUGGGGAGUAGUGGGGUUUAUCACAUUUUGGUGAAUAUCAUUCCUCUAAUAAAACAAAAUGGUUAGUCCUUUAAACUGCCACUAGCAUCUCCUCCCAUGUGCACACUGAAGCAAGUAUGUUUUUCCUUGUUUGACUGAGGUCACAAGGAGGACAACGGACAUCUCUUUUUUUUCCAAAAUGGGGGAGAUACAAAGUAUACAAAAAAGGACAACCCAACCACAAGGAUUCUUACACGUUUGCUAGCUGGAAGUAAUCAUUCUCCAAGGGACCAAUAAUAUAACCCCACACCCCCAACAGGAAGGCCAACACUGCCAAUUAGGCACAAGAAUCCCCAGAUGCAUACUGCCCCAGCUCUUGCUAGCCCAUCUUGCUGCCAACAACUGCUUCAUGGGCAAGUUGGUGUCAAGAUAACGCGGUCUGUCAGAGGAGCCCAAGAAAAAAGGGAGAAAUUAGCCCAAGGGAUGUGAGGAUGGACAUGUACAAAGAACAAAUCUAUAUUUUGAUAAACAAAUCAACUAUAUGUGGCUAUGGAGCAAGUUUGCAAUCAGAAAGAAAAGUCUGCAGUGGAAGAUAGGGUAAAAUAUGAUGCAAAUAUAUUGCAAUGUGAAAUGGAGUCAUAGUCAAGAAAAAUGGUAUUGGUGAUAAAGAUGAUGAAAAGUUUUGCCCACAUGCAAAGGAUAAAUCUAUUUUAAAAGACUGAGCAAAGAGAGACUCAAGCCUAAUGUGUGGAUGAAAAGGAUGGCCGCUGAGAUAAACAAAAGAAAAGAAAAAAGAUAAUGCAUUUUUGUAACUUUGUUUACCAGCAUGACUACUUUGCAUGACUGUCUUUUCUGCAAGCCCUUAGUUGAAGACAAGGGUGCUAGAGAAACAAAAAGUAUAUAUAAAAUGAAUUUAAAAAAAGUUAUAUGCAAUUAAUGUUUAAAAAAAGAUUAUAAUGAGAGAGAAGAGCUAUAUUUUGUUUUGAAAAGUGAAAAUGUGAAUACUGAAAUAUGUAUGUUUGCGAAGUACACCCUGAAAUAUGUUUUUAAAAAAUCUCUCUGCUAAUACUGCCCCACAUGCAAUCUCACUUUAGUGUUUUUAGCCGCUGCCAUAUUUUUUUAAUGACAUGAGCUGUAUAUUUACAUUUCUGAGCACUCUUUGGAGGCUUGGCAAACAUUUCUAGGAAUGACAAUUGUUUCAUUUUAAUAUGUAUAUUUUCUCUGGUUUAUUUGCACAGCUACUGUAGCAACGAAACAAAAGGCUCUCCAUUAUUUGCUUUAUUGUGUUUAUUUUUAUGUUGUUUUCUUUUUGGCAAUAAUUCAAGUUAUUUCAAGGUUGUAGCAGGGCAAAUGGAGAACCUUUGGAUUUCAUACCAUCACUGCAUCACUGUUAAGUAAUAUAUACAGGUUUAGAAUGUCCCAGUGAAGGAGCUCGCUUUAUAGGCCUUUCUCAUUUACUUUUCAGUUUGAAAACGGGAAAAUAAGCCUCCAAAACAUUGAUUGCAGAUAUGGUGUUUAAAAGUUGAGAGGUUUUGCAUGAAAACAACUGCCAUUCCAAAGUAAGUCUAUAUGUGGGAUAAAGGACUCAGGUGUGCAGACGGUAUGCGUAUAUGUAGGUGUUUCGCUAUUUUAUUUCAAACAUAUUAAAUCCUAGUAUAUAGACAACAAUAAUGUGAACACCUCACAGUGAUGUGUAAACGCAUGCUUUGACUUGAUAAUCUCUCAAGAGGGGAACAGAGUCUUGACAUAUCCCCUUAGUCUCCUACCAUUGUAUGUCAUGAACCCAGUCCUGAUAACUUUGAAACACUGUGCCGUGGUGUAGAGCAACGUCUUCCUUUGAGAGGCAACUGAAAACUACUCACACUUGCAGUGUCAGCAUGAGUGUGUAGCGAUAGCUUGUCUUUGUUUUUAGAUGGUCAGGUCUUGCAUCGUUACUCAUGGCGUCAUCCAGUUGGUUUGUAGGCAGCUCAUAACAGCACAUGACUCAUAGCACCAAUCAAAGAAACCCAGAGCUUCCAAAAUGAUGUCAGUUUAGUCUUUCAAGUGCGAGGAUGAGAUACCAGUGUCCACCCAGAAAGAUCAAGAAGAAAAUCACAUUUUAUAUAUCUCCUCAUUGAGCACUCCUUACACAUCUAGUCCACAGUUGGGUUUCCCAUGAGUUUCGGCCCUGCUGGUCCAGGGUUCAGCUCAGGCAGCUGAAUGGUUGUCCAUUCCUUUUACUUUGCAAAUAGAAUCUCAUUUGUUUGAGACCUAACAGGGCAACAUAGAUCACAGACGUCACAGUUUCAGUCUAAACUGGUAGAACAGGGUCUAGAACUCACAAUUUACAAAAAUAGUCAAUGAUAUGUUUGAGUAUAGGUCACAUUGUAAGACAUUUAGCAGCUUUUAUUUGGAUGGCCGCAAAGAUGUUCAUAAAUAUUGUGUGCACACUUGCCGAGGUAUUUUUGUCAGCACCGUUUUCACUUUUUCAUUUUCUAAUUUCUUGUCUCAUCGUUGUGAGACAAAUUGGAUGUCUUAAGUUUAUUUAACAGCUGCAUUAUACUGCCUCUUUUUGUCAUGUUGAUUAGGAGGACUUAUAAUGUUUGGAUUGCUAAGUCUGUUUUUGUAAAACACUACCAAUCUUUUUAAUGUUACAUAACCAAAAGAAGCAAUUCUUCACAUGUUAAAUACUGCCAGUGCAACAUAAUGGUAUGACAAGUGUCUAAAAAAUGUGGCACUGCCCUGGGAUAAUGCUUAAUCAUAUGCAUUUUAUUUAUGUGCUUAUUUAUGUUGUCUUUUUGUUUUGUUCAAGCGGACACUGUAUGCAAUCUGCACCACAAUGCCACUGAUGGACACUCACUGUAUGCUCCCUGAGACACAGACGCUCUGUCAUCAGUUACAAAUGUUUAGUGGCUUUAUGGCUUUCCAUAGAGUAAUUUAGCAAUCAAAAAUAACUUUAUUUUAAAAAGUGAUAAGAGCAUAAUUGUUUUAGAGGAAAUGCUAUAAAUAGAUUUUAAUACUGUAUAUUAAACCUACUUAAAUGAUAAUGUGAUAUAUAAUGCGAUAUGUCUCUAGUAGUACACAUAAUAUUCACCUUCUGUAGUCAUUCCAAAGAUUAAUUUCACUGCCCAGACAAGGAUUUAAAACAGACUUAGGAGCUAGUCCAUUGUAUGUCAAUCUUAGUAGGACAGUAAAUGGGAAGAGGAGGUGGUCACUGGAGUAUCUGGUUGUACUUUCUGCCGGAUUUUAUUUUUGAAAUGUUGGACAACACAAAGAACAAACUUAGAACUGUAUAAAGUAUAUUUCAAUGGAAUGUUCAUGAUUUAUCUUUUUAUAUUUUGAAGAUAAAAUAGAAACAUAUCAAUAAAGUGUCAUAAUUGAACAUAUUUCUACUACUGAGACUUAAAAAUGUAUGAAUGUCAAUGCGAUCUAAUGUGAACCAAUCUCCAUAGCAGCUUGAAUGAAACACUGAUUAACAGUUGUGAGAUGCUUUUUCAGAGACCUUAAAAUUGCUUAAAAUCAUUGAAAUGAACGUUAAAAAAUAAAUGAAAA